CCAAACCCUAAAAAGUUGAAUUACAUAUAAAAAUUACACAGCUGAUUAUAGACGCGUAUACACAAGAUAUGAUAUGAGCAUGGGAAUUAUACAAAUGUAUAGAAUCAUAAAAAGGACCGAAACUCCUUUUCUUUUUCUCGUUAAAAAAGCAUUUUCUUUCUCUUUAUUUUGUCUUUGUUCUCCUUCUCUCUUCUCACUAUCCUCUUUGAUUCUGUGCUCUCUUCACGUUUCUCUUUGAUCGUCUGGUUUUCUCUCUUUCGUCUUGCCCUUUUAAUUUUUUUUUUGAUUCCCCACCAAGUUUCCCCUAAAGAUCCAUCAAACUUUAUUAAAGAAGGAAGAAUUAAUAAAGGGUAUAGAAGAACAAUGGUUUUCUCAUCCAAUUGGUCACAGCCUACGAAUCCAAACAAUCAUCAGCAUCAGCUUCACGAGAAUGGAAGCUUAGUGAGCGACCACGGACUACUUUCUCACCAACUUCCACCUUGCCUACCAAACCCUAACCCUAACCACCACUAUGCUGCUGCUACCGCCAGUGGUCUUCCAGCGAGGCUUGGUGGAUCCAUGGCUGAGAGAGCGAGGCAGGCCAAAGCUCCUCCACCUGAGGGAGCCCUAAAGUGUCCUCGAUGCGACUCCAUCAACACCAAGUUCUGUUACUACAACAACUACAACCUCACUCAGCCUCGCUACUUCUGCAAGGCAUGCCGCCGCUACUGGACACGUGGAGGGGCCCUGAGGAACGUCCCCGUGGGUGGA